CUCUCGGGGGCCAGACCAUGUUCGAUUCAACGAAGCACAACACAUUGCUGUGUUGAAGGACAGCAUUGCAUGGCUGGACAACUGGGAGAAAUACAUCAAGACAUUACCGACCCAGAGGCAAGUCUGCUUUCUGAGUAAGCAGACAUGUGGAGCCCUCAGACUGACACUGCAUAGCUCAGUUGCACUCAUCAAGAGCUUGCUGUUGUCUGGGUUUCGUUACGUUCUCGUUGGGAACUUCGGACAAGAUCCUCUAGAGGUAAACAUGAUGACUUUUAUGUGUAUAAAUGUGCUAUGAAUUUCUCAUUGUUGCGAUAAAUUGAUUUUUUCUUUCUAGAGGUUUUUCGGCAUCGUCAGGCAUGUUGCUGGUGAUGGAGGGCAGCCGACUGUGCAACAUUUUUUGUUCAUCUAUCGGAUGCUCUAUGUAAACAACCUAGUUCGGCCGCCAAAACGGGCCUCGGUCGAGGGAGAUGGACCCCAGCUGUUGCUCAAGCUCCAGGGCCUCUUUGACAAGGGAAAACCUGCCUCCAGUCAGAUUGACAUGUUGGCGGUCCUCUUUGAUGACGUUCUUGAGGAGCCGGGAGAGGCAGUGAACAAUGCAUCCGUGCCUGACGUUACGCUCUCCACCAAAGAGUGCAUUCUUGAUUAUCUUGCCGGUUACGUGGUAAAGAAGUUUUCAACGAUAAGCUGCACUGACUGCGUGGGAACACUCAAGAGCCAGACACGAGAGCCAACUGACCUAAUCCAGAAGAAGUCAAGAGGAUUCCUGCAAGUGCCCUCAUCCCAGCUUCUCAGCCUGUUGCACAUUAUGGAAGGACAUGUUGAAGAACUGACUGUGGACACAGUUGCAUGUGCCGAUGUGUAUGCGAACAUUGUUGACCAAGUUUUGCUCGACAGCCGCAUUGCUUCUGCUGGUGUGGGCUGUAGGUUGCACUAUGUGGGUACCACAGCAGAGGUUGUUCAUUUUUUCUUGAGGUGCCGCCUGCACUUUUACACCAGGGAAAAAAACAAGCUGACACGAGCGACGCGGCGAGCAAACUGCCCAGCAAAUGGUGGCAACAAGCCCCAUGGGUAGCAGAUGUUCUGUUUGUCAUGCUAUGUAAAGCCCAACUGUUGUGUUUUGUGUUUGCUAGUGACAAAAAACACUUGCACAUUUGUGUUCCUAGUUGCUUGUGUGACGUUGUUUAUUUCCUUUAUCCGCCAUGCUAUUGCCGUAAACUUGUAUGAAUAAACACUUGCACCACAGCC